GGAUUAGUGAUAUGCUUUCCUAAACAGAAAAAGUUGAAGAUGUCUAGAUACUUAAUGGCUUUGACAGUGACCACCCUCAUCGGUGUGGCCGUGGGGGGGUUUGUCCUGUGGAAAGGCAUCCGGCGGCGGAGGAGUAAAGACAGCCCGGACAGCGGGCAGCGACGGCAGCAUCCGCAGCAUCAAACACCGGGCAGGAGGGAGCUGCCCGCUCCAGAAGAGGUCCGGCUGCGCUCCAGGGCCCCCGGGGCCUCAUGGGAGGAGAGGAUCCUCGGCGCAAAGGUGGUGACUGUGUCUCAGGAGGCUGAGUGGGACCACAUUGAGCCCUUGCUUAGGAGUGAGUUAGAAGAUUUUCCAGUACUUGGAAUCGACUGUGAGUGGGUGAAUUCGGAAGGCAAAGCCAGUCCUCUGUCACUCCUUCAAAUGGCCUCCCCAAGUGGCUUCUGUGUCUUGGUUCGCUUGCCCAAGCUGAUCUGUGGAGAAAAAACACUACCAAAAACUUUGUUGGACAUUUUGGCAGAUGGCACUGUUUUAAAAGUUGGAGUAGGAUGUUCAGAAGAUGCCAGCAAGCUUCUGCAGGACUACGGCCUCGUGGUUAGGGGGUGCCUGGACCUCCGGUACCUAGCUAUGAGGCAGAGAAACAAUUUGCUCUGUAAUGGGCUCAGUCUGAAAUCACUUGCUGAGACAGUUUUGAACUUUCCACUUGACAAGUCCCUUCUACUUCGUUGUAGCAACUGGGAUGCUGAGCAUCUUUCUGAAGACCAGGUGAUUUAUGCUGCCAGGGAUGCCCAGAUUUCAGUGGCUCUCUUUCUCCAUCUUCUUGGAUACCCUUUCUCUAGGAAUUCAACUCUAGAUGAAAACGAUGACCACGUGGGCUGGAGAAAAGCCUUGGAAAAUUGCCAGGAUGUGGUAGACAUCCCAUUCCGAAGCAAAGGACUCAGCCGACUGGAGGAAGAGGUUAAUAGGGAAGCAGCAGAAGCUCAGCAGAAGCCAAGAAAUAAGAAGUCUAAGACAGAUGGAAUGAUGGCAGGCAACCACCAAGGGAGAGAUCCCAGAAAGCAUAAAAGAAAGCCCCUGGGGGUGGGCUAUUCGGCCAGAAAAUCGCCCCUCUACGAUAACUGCUUCCUCCAUGCUCCUGAUGGACAGCCCCUCUGCACUUGUGACCGAAGGAAAGCUCAGUGGUACCUGGACAAAGGCAUUGGAGAGCUGGUGAGUGAGGAGCCUUUUGUGGUCAAGCUACAGUUUGAACCUGCAGGAAGACCCGAAUCUCCAGGAGACUAUUACUUGAUGGUUAAAGAGAACCUGUGUGUAGUCUGUGGCAAGAAAGACUCGUACAUUCGGAAGAACGUGAUUCCGCAUGAGUACCGGAAGCACUUCCCCAUUGAGAUGAAGGACCACAACUCGCACGAUGUGCUUCUGCUCUGCACCUCCUGCCACGCCAUCUCUAACUACUAUGACAACCACCUGAAGCAGCAGCUGGCCAGAGAGUUCCAGGCCCCCAUUGGCUCCGAGGAGGGUCUGCGCCUGCUGGAAGACCCUGAGCGCCGGCAGGUACGCUCUGGGGCCAGGGCCCUGCUCAACGCGGAGAGCCUGCCUGCUCAUCGAAAGGAGGAGCUGCUGCAAGCGCUCAGAGAGUUUUAUAACACAGACACAGUCACGGAUGAGAUGCUUCAAGAGGCUGCCAGCCUGGAGACAAGGAUUUCCAACGAAAACUACGUCCCUCACGGGCUGAGGGUGGUGCGGUGCCACAGCCGCGGCGGGCUGCGCUCCCUCAUGCAGCUGGAGAGCCGCUGGCGUCAGCACUUCCUGGACUCCAUGCAGCCCAGGCACCUGCCCCAGCAGUGGUCCGUGGACCACAACCAUCAGAAGCUGCUCCGGAGAUACGGGGAAGACCUUCCCGUCAAGCUGUCGUGACAGCCGCUCUCCUCCCAGGUGAGGACGGCCAGGAAGCUGAGCCAAGGUGGGAAAGUCACCUCUUCCCGUGCCAUUAAUUGUCAGAGCCUAUUGUCACAACUUGGAAUGCUAACCCACGCCGAUCCCAGGAUGCUUCUGGUGGAGCCAGGCUGUUGCUUCAAGGGGAGCGUGUGGUUGUGGAUUUUAGUUGGGCAGGGUGAGAAUUCUUUUUGCCUCCCUCUUAUUUUAUUUUCGUGGACAAAAGGGCCUUGGCCAUUAUUUUACUUUCCUUCUUUUGCUUUCCCUGUGCAGACAGCAAAUGAAGGAUUCUCCCCUGAGGUGACUUGUCAAGAUGCUCAGGUUUUUAAU